AGAAAAAGGAAACUUGAAUUCAUAUUCUCUUUCACAAAUUAAAUGAUUCGAUCACUAUGUGAACUCAUAAGUAGUAACGGAGCUUGCUUGUUCGGGGAGAAAUGUGGUAAAGCCAAAUUCCUCCAAAGAAGAGGAUAAGACAUUCCUACUCUCACAAAAUAUUUUGUUACAGAAGACAUUCCUACUCUCACUCCCUCCACCACUUGCAAGUACUGUUAUUUCGAGAGAGAGAGAGAGAGCAUGAAUCCACUGGCACAAGAUGUGCUCCUGGAAGAAAACAAGAAAUACCUAUUCCAAAGCGCCAUGAAAAGCAAGUGGGGCGAAGUGAUCAAAGCAUACAAAAAAAAUAAACAACUUCACACCGCUAAGAUCACCAGCUCCGGUGACACCGCGCUGCACAUAGCCAUCUCCAACGGCGAGGAGUCCGUCGUCGAGGAACUCGUCAAGAUCGUCUCCAAAACUGAAGGAGCCCUCAAGAUGCAGAACGAACUCGGCAACACGCCUCUCCACCUGGCCGCCUAUCUCAGCAACGCCAACAUGUGCCGCUGCAUCGCCAGCUGCGACUCCACGCUCAUGGGGAUUCGCAACACCGACAACGAGACCCCCUUCUUCCUCGCCGUCCGCCACGGCAGUAAGGACGCGUUUUAUGCCCUCCACUCCAUUUGUAAACAAUCUAAAGAUGAUGCUUACAAAUAUUCUAGGGGGAAAGAAGGAGAAACUAUUCUGCAUUCCGCCAUCUAUGGGGAGUAUUUUGAUUUGGCUUUUGAUAUUAUGACUCACUACGAUAAGCUUCUUAACGCCGUGAACGAGCACGGUUUGUCGCCGCUACAUGUUCUAGCGAACAAGCCGACUGCUUUUAGAAGUGGAAGUCACGUAAGAGGCCUUCAUAAACUCAUCUAUCACUGCAUAUUUGUUGACGAGCUGCAGCAUGAGACUAUGCACAAUCAAGGUGUGGAUCUCCAUUAUAAAGAUACAGCAAAAUAUCCAGAAAAUUAUCACACCUGCUUUACAACCUUCAAUUUAUUAUGGGAUGUAAUGCGCGUACUAUUGGGUUACAGCCGCAAGAAACAUGUCGAAAAUAUAAAAAGAGAAGAUGUAGAGAAUCCAAAAGGACACCAAAAUAUACUAAUGAUGGUCUUGUGCGGAAGCAGGAAGGCAGAUGAAGAGCGACGUCAAUUUGAAGUGGCUAAUAAAAAAGUGGAUUACGGCCGCAAGAAACAUGACGAAGAAAAUAUAAAAGAUGAGAAACCAAAUGUAGAAACUCCAAAGGGUCGUCAAGAAGAUAAACCAAUGGAGGAAUCAAGCAAACGCAAGGCCCAAGGACAUGAAUUCCUUCCCAAGAACUACAUCAAUAUUUUUAAUGUUGUGAAGUUAAUAUCCAAAGCAAUGCUCGUAAUCCUUGGAUUAGGCUCCAAAUCAGUUGAGAAGAUUAGAGAGAAGAAGAGUCAACAUAUAUGGUCAAUCCAAAUAAUGGAGAAGCUUCUAGAACAUGCCUCAUUGUACCAAUAUGAAGACAACGGAAAGAGUCCCGCCAUUAUACCCCAAGGACUAGUAGGCAAAGACACCCCAAUUUCUUCCACCCUUCCCGAUAUUGACGCCGACUUCAACCCCAUAGCUGAUGAAAACCCGCCCAAGCCACUACCCAAUAAAGAAGCUGCCGCACCAUGUGGGAAGUGCGAGGAAAUGCUAUGCUCCGUGCUGAACUCACUGGGACUGGUGCAGGGCGGGAAUGAAAGAAGGCGCUCCGACGCCGAUAUGGAGAAGAAGGAGACGCCCAUACUCAUCGCGGCCAAGCGGGGUGUGGUGGAGAUGGUGGAGGGCAUUCUGGAGCGCUUCCCGGUGGCCAUCCAUGACAUGAAUGUUGAUAGGAAGAAUGUGGUUUUGCUUGCUGUGGAGCAUCGCCAGCCUUACGUCUACAAGUUCUUGCUUGAUUGGAGGAAAAUGAAGGAUACCAUAUUCAGAAAAACCGAUAAGAAUGGGAAUAGCGCACUGCAUCUUGCUGCGAGGCUGGGUGAGCAUAAGCCAUGGCUCAUUCCUGGUGCUGCUCUCCAGAUGCAGUGGGAGCUUAAGUGGUUUAAGUUUGUGAAGGACUCCAUGCCAACCAACUUCUUUCCCAGGCACAACAACGACUCCGAAACCCCAUGGGACAUAUUCAACGACACCCACGACAAGCUCACCAAGGAGGGCGCCCAGUGGCUCGUCAACACCUCACAGUCAUGCUCCGUCGUGGCGGCGCUCAUUGCCACCGUGGCCUUCGCCACCUCCUCCACGGUCCCCGGCGGAGUGAAGGACGACAAUAGCGGCACCCCGACCUUGCAAAACCAGCCGGCCUUCAGCAUCUUCGCCAUCUCCUCCCUCGUGGCCCUCUGCUUCUCGGUCACCGCUGUCAUCAUGUUCCUCGCCAUCCUCACCUCCAGGUUCCAAGAUAGAGACUUCGGCGCAGACCUGCCGAGGAAGCUGCUGGUUGGCCUCACGUCUCUCUUCGUCUCCAUAGGUGCGAUGCUCUUGUCUUUCUGCGCCGGCCAUUUCUUCGUGCUCCAAAAUAAUCUACAAUACGCGGCUUUCCCCAUGUAUGCCAUAACCUGCUUGCCCGUCACAUUCUUCGCCAUCAAUCAAUUCCCUCUGUAUUUUGAUCUCGUUUGGGCUACCAUUAGGAAGCUCCCCCAGCGAAGUUCCAACUGAUCUUUUUCUAUUUCCAAUCAUAUAAUUUUUUUUAGGUUCAAAUAUAUAUAUGUCGAGUUCAUGCACACGGCAGUUGUGUGAUAUAUCAGUUUGGAAUUGAAAUCUAGUGUGUGAUUUUUGUAUAAUUUGGGUUGAUGUUAUACUUGGUGAAAUGAUCGUGUUUUAUUACUUACUA